AUGGAGAAACUGAUCGCACCAAAAUCCAAUGUGGAUAAACCCCUCCUGGAGAAGCGACCCGAGCCGAGUUAUCUACUGGAAAAUUGGCCAACCAGCAAUGCCUUUACGAUGAUUAAACAUGAACGAAUUCGAGAACUUAAACGUCAGGCUAACGAUAGGAGGCAGUCGGAAUUAAAUAGAUGGCGUCGUGCUGGGCAUCUGGCUACCAAAAUUCCUAAAGAGUUUCGUCAACGUUUCACGGCCCACGCUCACCUCAAGGACCUAAUUUUUGAGGAAAACUUAAACGAAGUUCGUCGUCAUGGCAUGCUCUUUGGUCCAGCCAAUCUGACUCUGCAGCCCUUUGACAAGCACAAUGUUCCCUUGUUGUUCAAGAAGAGUGAGGAGAGCGUGGCUGUUGAGGCGACCGAGGGGCCAGUAAACACACCCGAGGAUGUUAGCGCUGCGAGCAAACCAACUGUGUCCUCUCUUUCGGUAGAUUCUUCACGCAAGGAUAGUGUUUUUAAUGAGUCAUCCUCCAAGGACGACGUGCGGAUUGGUCCCUCAACGACAGAAAGUCGUUCCACAAAGCCCUCUGACAACUCCACAGAGACGUUUGACCAGAUUAACACUUUCAUUGACGACAGAAAAAAAAUCUGCAUGAUGGAGCUGGCUAUCCGUACGAAGGAGGGUGAAAUUGAUCGCCUGAAUCAAAUGCUAAAGGCGGAGUCAGAGUUUUUGUCACGAGAGGAGAAAGAUCUCCUACUUCGACAUGACGAGCACGACCGUUACCUUAAAUCCAUCUGUCAGAGAACCGCGGAAGCAAUCCACCUGGCUGAAACUGAAGCGCACAAACGAUUAGUCAUUUCUGAACGUAUCAAACGAACUCGGUACAAGCUGGCGCAUCUGAAUGCUGAGUGUAUCAAAUUAGAGGAAGAAUUUAUACGUCUGAGCACGUACAAAGACUUCCUGGACACAGUGGCUCGAACCCUGCAAGAAAACAAGGCGAAUAUAUCGAAGACCGUCUCAAAAAUGUCGGCAUCCCUGAACGAUCCACAGGCUACCAACAAGAAUCAUGGCGAGGAGGGUGCCAUCACAGAAACCGCAGGUGUCACCGAGCCCGUUGGGGGCAAAACUGCCGAUGACACUGAGACUGGGACUCCAGUCUCCUGGUUAAAGGAGACCAACUCUGAGGAUGUGACUGACUCCCUUUCGGUGAAUGCCUUCUUCAAAAGUCCCCAGGACCUGGUAGACAUUCUGGCUGAACUGGAAUCCAACAAUCUCACUCUAAUUGAAAAUGUGCAAGAACAGGAGGAGGCCUGUGAGCGAGUGAGGGUAAAGGCAGCACGCUUGCAGAAGAUUUUAAACGUGGAGCGGAACACAGUGGAUGCCCAUAUCAGUCGUGAGAAGGAAGAGAUCGACAACCUCCAACGCGACGUCGCGGAUAUCGUUGUUGCCAAGGACGCUAUCAAUGAGUUCAACCUUCUUGAACGCUACGAGAAGAUAUUUAAUCUGGGCGGUAUUGAUCAGUUUGAGAUGCCUUGGAUGCGUGAGGAAAGAAAUAAUAGAAAAGGCAAUUCCACCGACAAGGAGGAACCAAAGCCAACAGUAGGCGAAAUGCUGGAGAUCUUGCACGACCAGAUACACAAGGUAUACACGAAGGUCUUCAGUUCCGAGGGUGGAGCUCGACUAGACACACUGAUGAUGCUGAAAGUUCUGGAAGUCACGAUUGACGAUUUGUCGCGCACGUUAUCCGGCUAUAGCCGAGCCCGAGUCAUCAAAGCCAAGAAGAUUGUGGACGAGCACAAUCGAUUCCUGGCACGUCAACGCCAGAAACAGCAGGAAGCCCUGGCCCACGAAGCACGUCUGCGCCGAGCCGUUGAGAAGGCAAGAGAACCGCCCAGAUGGCAUCGGGGACGUCGUAUUGUGGAGCGCUCGUGCCCGCCAGAAAGUCAUCAGACACAGAAGGUGGAACAGGAACACGCAGAGACCGAGGACGUGGAUGCCGAUCUCUUCUAUCUCUGA